AAAGGACCGAAAGAGGCCCACGCAGUGAUGUGAAGUGUUUUGCCGUGGCCUGCCACUACGAUGCCGCGUUAUUCUUACUCUCUUGAAUUAGCUUCUUAUUUUCUUCGCAGGGAAGCUGGAGAGAAAGAUAGAGUCGGAUCAAAUAUAAGUCAAUCGAUAUGGGUAAUGCGUUCUUUAUCUUCUGUGGAUGCGUUGAUCAAGCCAGCGUAGGCAUCAUCGAGAGAUGGGGCCGCUUCGAGCGAUUGGCUCAGCCUGGCUUCCAUUUCUUUAACCCCUUCGCCGGUCAGUGUCUUGCCGGCAUCCUCUCCACUAGAAUCAACUCCCUUGAUGUCCGCAUCGAAACGAAGACCAAGGACAAUGUCUUUGUGCAGUUACUCUGCUCAAUUCAGUACCGAGUGGUCAAGCAAAAUGCUGAUGAUGCGUUUUAUGAGUUGGCAAACCCCAAAGAGCAGAUUCAGGCUUAUGUUUUUGAUGUUGUUCGAGCUCAUGUUCCAAGAAUGACUUUGGAUGAACUCUUUGAGCAGAAAGGUGAAGUUGCUAAAGCUGUUUUGGAGGAACUUGAGAAGGUGAUGGGAGCUUAUGGAUAUAGCAUAGAGCACAUUUUGAUGGUUGACAUUGUACCUGAUGCUGCUGUGCGCAAGGCAAUGAAUGAGAUUAAUGCAGCUGAAAGGCUCCGGCUUGCUAGUGUAUACAAAGGGGAAGCAGAGAAGGUGCUCCAAGUUAAGAAGGCAGAAGCUGAUGCUGAAGCCAAGUACCUUGGGGGGGUUGGGGUGGCCAGGCAGAGGCAGGCAAUCACAGAUGGCUUGAGAGAGAACAUCUUGAACUUUUCUCACAAGGUGGAGGGAACCACUGCUAAGGAGGUGAUGGAUCUUAUCAUGAUAACUCAAUACUUCGACACAAUCAAAGACCUUGGCAACUCAUCUAAGAACACUACUGUCUUUAUUCCCCAUGGCCCUGGUCAUGUUAGGGAUAUCAGUGAUCAAAUACGCAAUGGUCUGAUGGAGGCAGCCAGUUGUCAGGUGAAUGUUGAAUAAAUUUGCCAUUUGGUGGGGUACUUUGCUGGAAUUUUCCUUUAUUAUUAGUAUGUUGCGAUGUUCUACAUUUUUUUGUGAAACUACUAUUUACGCAUUGCUUGGAUAGGUGGAUAUUAUGUAACAGGAUGGUUAUGCUUGCCUGUAGAGUUCAAGUAGAUCAUUAGAAAUUAACACUGAAUGUAAAUAACUCAUUUUACUGUAUGGUGUAAUGGUUAUAAAUGCAGCGUCGCAUGGAAAGCUCUAUUUAUAUCGCA